AUGGAUUACGAUGGAGAAGCCAGUCAGUUUCCAGAUGUCUCAAGAUUUAGUUUCAAUCCAAAUGGUGUCCUGCAUCCUAAACCCAUUUAUUCAUAAUGUUCAUUUACAGGAGUAAAGAAGAAAAACUUUUCAUUACAUGGUUCUAAGAAUAAAGGAUUAAGAAAUCUGAGUUAUAAGGUGAAAAAAAUAAUUGAAUCAGAGGCACGGACUACUUAUAGGUUCGUAGCCGAUAAAUUAGUAUCUGAGGACAUUGAACAGAAGAAGGAGGAAUAAAAUGUGAAGCGUAGAGUCUAUGAUGCACUCAAUGUUUUGAUUGCAGCUGGAGUGAUUAUCAAGAAGAAGAAGUUUUUGUUUGCAACACAAGAGACUUUUAAGAGUGGGAAGUACUUAAUAAUCUUAAUAGGGUGCCAUAAUAAAGAAAAAUGGCAAAAGAUAAAAGAAGAUCAAUAAUUGCUAUAAAAGAAGCAUUAAGUAUUGAGUCAUAAGAAACAAUACUUGAUUGAUUUAGUAAAAAAGAUGCUAUGUGUUCGUCAUUUGAUAACAAAAAAUAAUAAUAACAAAAGUCUUCCUAAUAGUUAGAAUGCUGUCGAAACGUAUAUUUAAUAAAAUUGAUGUAGAUUCUUAAAAGAUGAAAAAGUUGAAGCUUCAUAAGUACUUUGUAGUUAAUAGAGUAUGUAAAGUGGAAACUUACUUAAUUCCUAUGUUUAACCCUAAAUAGUAUUUUAAUUGCCUCUUUUUGCAUUCUGGAGUAAACCAGAGGAUGUAAUAAAACAAUUAGUUAAGUAAUAUAGUUACGCAUUGUGAUAAAAUCACAAAAGGAAGUGUCUUUGACCUCUAAAAAGAGUUGCUCUUUUUUGAAAGAAACAGAAUUGAUUCAGAAUGUGCAUUAAUAAGUAUUAUUGUCCAAAGUCUUUGAUAAUAAAUCUUUUAUUAGUUUCUAUUAGAACUUAACCAAAAAUUGA